UGUUUGGAUGUUUAACUUGACUUUAGCCAGUUGGAGCGAGCCUAUGCUUGACACACUUACCCACACCAUACACAUAAACAGUGUCGCGGCCUCUCCCCGAGCUUGUCCGAGAUUACGCCGCUUUCAUCGGUUAGACAAACUAACGAAUCGCCGGUGAAAGACUGACUCUGCCCCCGCCCUGCGCUGUGUGUAACGCUGGUUAGCUCCGGUACAAGCUGGGAAUGUGUUUUAUUUAACAAUUACAUGACGACUUGUUCUCCAUACGGUUGCGGGGGGACGCUGGUUAGCAGGGCUGAGAUUUUAGGCAUUUUAAAGUUGCACCGUGGGUGCAUACAGGCCACAACACCUCCAGCUAACUGAGUAACUUGAUAAGGGACAGACAACAUCUUGGGCGUCUGUGUUUGUUUCGGUGAAGCCGCGGAGGUCUCCAGCAGCAGCCAUGGCAGGGACGCGGACAGCUGCUCUGCUGGUCCUGGUGUGUUUACACUUCCAUCGCUCCGGCUCUUUCAACCUGGAUGUGGAUAAUCCCUACGUAUAUUCCAGACCCGAGGGGAGCUACUUCGGCUUUUCGGUGGACUUCUUUAAGCCUUCAAACAACCUACAGCGUGUGCUCCCCUUUACCAGUGGUCGACCUUGGUGUCUCUGAGCGUGAGCCUGUGGGAACUUGUUACCUGAAGAAAGGAAACCAGGUGGUUGAAUACUCGCCCUGCAGAACAGAGAAAAACUCACCAGAAGGGCAGGGCUUCUGCCAGGCUGGCUUCAGUGUCGAUUUCCUUAAGCUGAUCUCGGAUGACGUCUCAGAGAUUUUCACCCGCUUCAAUAAUGAGUACUUUACCCGUUAUGGAAACACGCUCUCCACCAAGUCAGCCAAUGCCCAGUAUGACGACAGUUAUCUUGGAUACUCUGUGACAGUUGCAGACUUCAAUGGCGAUGGAAAGGACGAUUUUGUGACUGGAGUACCGAGGGGGGAGAAGGCGCUGGGUUAUGUGAACAUCUUUAACGGCGUGGUCAUGGAGUCCAUAAUCAACUUCACAGGGUCACAGAUGGCCGCGUACUUUGGACAUUCAGUUGCAGCUUUUGAUGUCAACAAUGACGGGUGAGUACGUGUUUGUGUGCUCAUACAAUUUCCCCAUCUGUGGUUUUAGACAAGCCCUCCAACAAAAGAAUGGAUAUAUUCUUCUGUACGUAGAUAUCCGUACAGCACCAUCCAUGGAAUUUAUGGCAGAACAAUUUUUGUCACCACAGUGCAACAAUAGGAUGACAACAUGUUUCCACUGAACUGUCUCUCUUUGCAGUUGGUGGCAGUUGGGGGUAUUAUUUGCUGUCUUUUGCUGCUAUGUGGUGUGGUUCUGUGUGUAUGUGUGAGUGUGUAUCAGUGUUUUCUGCUGUGUUAAAGCUACAUAUUAAACCGGAAUCCAUUUUUCUUUAAAUAUCUGAAUCCUACUUCCAAUGACCAUUAAAAUGACAAGAGCUGACACUUAGAAGAGCUAAUGUUUGUCCAGCUUGGGUAGUGUUUGGGGGAAUUAUGAAUGGCAGAUAUUUUUAUAUUAAUGCGUCUCUAAAGUAGACUUUGGUGUACUUGUACCCGCGAUAGUGAAGUGAGCUCUGUUAUUUUCUCUUGCGAGAGCUCCCGGGUAAUUUAAAAGCACAUUGAAGACUUUUACAACUGCUUUUGACCUCUGGAAACACUCAAACUUCAACACUGUUCACUUUGCUGUCAGCUUGAGCUUUGAUGGCCUCUUUUAAGUGAAACCAGAACGCGUUUCGAGACUUUACACGUUUGCCAAGUUUGCGGUGGUUCAUACACUUGUUUACGUGUUUAGUUGUGUGCCAACUAAAUAAGUGGUGUGAGAGAAGCAGGGUGCUACUGCCAUCGCUUUAAGGAAGUGGUGAAAAUGAUCAAACACAACCACCAAACCUCUCAGAGUGUUUGACCAUCUGAUCAGUGUUUCUGUUCAGCAUGCUAACAAAUGCUGACUGCUUGUUCCCAUCUGCUCCUGUUGUUCAAUUCAAUUCAAUUCAAUUCAAUUUUAUUUAUAUAGCGCCAAAUCACAACAAAU